AUGCAGGAAAACGUAAGGACAAAAAUAAAUGAUGCCAAGUCGUGCCUAAUGGGCUUCUUGGGCAGUACCAAAGCGGCAAGUGUUCUACAGGAGGAGUCUGACCAGAAAAACUUGGACAAAUCGAAAGAGGAUGUAGAAAGAGCGGACGUGAGUAGCUUGAGUGAAAAGCCGAGUGGAAAGGUCCAAGACGAUUCACUGUCUGCUAACCAAGAUUCGGAUGUUUUAAAAAAAAGGAAAACCGGAACAGUUCUGAGCAGGCGAAGUGACAACUGUGAGACAGCCAAAGGGGAAAGCAAGGCAGAAGAUAGUGUUGCAAAGCCCACCGGAGGGAAUGAAGACACAGGAAAGCAAGUAAGCCGAACGGAUGCAAAGGGAAAGGAAGAGUUGGAAAAGGAAGAAUUGGGAAAGGCAUGCUCUACAUCGGAAAAAAAAAUAAAACGAAACAACCUCUCGGACGUACAGUACAUAGAAAGUCUGAAGUGCGAAAUUGAUGAAAAACGAGACGGACAGUCUAUCCAAAAAUAUGAACACACAACAAAAAAUCUGGUGAUGCUGAUAAAAUCCUUCGGAUACCAGGGAAUCAAGAUGGAAAAAAUUUCUGGGGAAUAUUGCAAGAAGUAUAACGCCCUGCUCAAUCUGAGACACGCAGGGUUUAGCAAUAUUUACAAUAUGGUCAGGAGCCUGGACCACUGCUUGAUUUGCGAAGAGGUGGGGGGAGAGGCGGAUAAACUGGCUGACAAAUUGGCUGACAAAAUGGCGGACAAACUGGCGGACAAACUGGCGGACAAAUCGGCGGAAGGAUGCGAGGAGCCGCAUGACAGGGACUCCACCUCAAAUGAACCAAAUGAACCAAACGAACCAAAACAAGCGAACAGCCAGAACAGCCAGAAUAGCCAAAAUCACGACUCAGAAAAAAACCUAAUCAUAAAAUACAAAACGCCAAAGAUGAACGAAGACAAACAAUUUUUUCUAAAAGUCAUUCUAGGCACGAUAGCGGAAUGCACCAACUACAAUUCUCAGUUGACGGAGGAAGAGACUCCAGCGAAUGCCAGUGUCUCCUUGACGAAGCUGCAGCAGGAGGUAAAGAAGCUCUUCGGGUCUUCUUUCAAUUUAAAAAUAUUGCAAACUAGAUGUGGAAUUGACAAACUUCAAGCCUUCCUAGAGGAGAUCCAAGAAAUACAAAUAAUGUCCCUUCCUAAUGAUGUGAAACUUAGAAUUACUCCACUAACUUAUAGUGUUAAGAUUCCGGAUCUGAAGUCGAUAAGGUCGUUACCGAGCAAUGAGUUCAAAGUUAAUGCACCCUCCAAAAUGGGUAGCAAAAAAAUGCCCAUCUCGACACAUUUCAAUGAUCAGGAUUUUAGGUCGAAUUCAUUUAACGGGGGAGACAAUAGUAUCCUUAGUGCACUCAACAGCAGGGACAGAGGAUCCCUUAGCAAUGUACAGCUGGGGAGUGUUCUCACUAGGAACAACGACGCUAAGAAGAAAAAAUUUAAUUCUAAUGGCAGUUUUGCCUUGCCCACUUCCAAGUCGCAUGAGCGCAUUUGGAAGGGUCUUACCGGUGGGAGUCUACUACGAAGCGGUGGCAGCCUCCUUCGAAGCGGUGGCAGCCUCCUUCGAAGCGGUGGGAAUCUCCUUCAAAGCGGUGGUAGCCUCCUUCGAAGCGAUGGAAGCCUGCUUCAUGGCGUACUCGCCAACAGCGUGCCUGGCGACGGCGACAGCGAGUCGGUCCUCCAAAUCAACGGGAGCUUUACCCAGGACCCCUGCGCCAGUUUGAUGUGCAAGCUUAACAGUCAGGGGAGCUACGGAAGCCACGGAAGUCAUGGAAGUCACGGAAGUCACGGAAUCCACGGCAACUCGUGCAUGUAUUCGAACGACUGGGUAGGCAUCCCGGGCCAGAAGCAGCAUUCAAAGCAGCGCUCAAACGGGAGUCAUAACCUGAAUCAACACCCGAAUCAACACCCGAGUCAACACUCGAGCCAACACCCGAGUCGCAACUUGAGCCACCACCCGAGCCACAGCCAGGGCCAACACCCUUUCAUCAAAAUGCUGACAAAGACGCAACUACAUAUUCUGCUGUACCAGCUGGUAGUUGUCCUCACGGAGAGGCAGAAAAUGGAGUGGAAUGACAUAGUUAAAAUCAAGGAGGAAUUACUACACCAAAGUAGUAGCAAGACAUACGAAAAUGAGAACUUGGGAAGGUGCGAACUGGAGGUGAGCAGGGACGAAGUGUGUGUUAAUAAAGUAGAGGUGGAUGGUGACAGUGCAAAGGGGGGUAGCGGCACAAAGGGGGGUAGCGGCACAAAGGGGGGUAGCGGCACAAAGGGGGAUAGCGGCACAAAGGGGGAUAGCGGCGCAAAGGGGGAUAGCGGCGCAAAGGGGGAUAGCGGCGCAAAGGGGGAUAGCGGCGCAAAGGGGGAUAGCGGCGCAACGGAGGGUGACGACACAAAGGAGGGUGGCGGCGCAUCAGAGGGCAGCUGCGCAAAGGAAGAGCCGAGUGAGGCCCAGACGGGGGAUGGCAAAGGAGAAGAACAACGAAACAACUCGACCACGAACACUUCCGAUUUUGUGCAUGAAAUUUUUACGACACAAGAAACGGCGAAGCAGAGCAUAUCGGACAAGGCACCAUCAGGAGAGUAUUCAAAGGACCCACUAUCGAGUUCGCUUGAGAAAGGAACAGGUGAAGAAGCAUCUCAAAACAUCAUAGGCGUGUUUGUAUCCUCCAUUAAGAGUGAAUGGAACAAGGCCUACUCGGAGCAGUACCCUUUGAGCUUCUACUUAAACCACUACAAGGCAAAAAAGUUGAGGAGACUUCUGGAGGAAAUCCCGAACCUUGUUAUUGCCGGGUGUAGUAGGAGCAUACAGGUGUUUACACUAGACACUGCUCAAUAUUUUUAUGACAAUUUUUUUUCCGAGGAGCUUUCUAGUUUGAAGACCUUCGCCCGCUCCAAGUUCACCCCGAUGAGUGCCUCGCACUACUUCAAGGACGCCACGUACAAGGAAGUCGCCGAGGAAUUCGCCAAAGGGGACUGCUCAAAGAUGAUGAAGGUGCUGGGACUGGACCACCUCAAGCCCCCCCCAUCGACUGUCAGCAAGAGCUAUGAAAAAAUUGUGAGCAAGUCCAAGAAAAAUCGCAGCAGUAACCGUGUGGGCAGUUACAUAAACUACAGCAACAAAAUUUUCGGGCAUCCAAGUGGGGACAGAAACGCCACGCCGUUCCUCCCAAAUGGGGGAGGUUCCUUUGUGCGAAGUGAAGGGGGUCCCUUUGUGAGUAGUGAAGGAGGUCCCUUUGUGCACAGUGAAGGGGGUCCCUUUGUGCGCAGUGAAGGAGGUCCCUUUGUGCGCAGUGAAGGAGGUCCCUUUGUGCACAGUGAAGGGGGUCCCUUUGUGCACAGUGAAGGGGGUCCCUUUGUGCGCAGUGAAGGGGGUCCCUUUCUUCAGGGAGUGCCGUUCCUGCAGAGCAACGGAGAGCAGACCAAUUUGGAAGUGCUACGGUACCACCUGCACAAGCUUCUCUACAACCUAGUGAUUCACGUUUGCAAAAAUCAAAACUCGUUGCACCUAGCGUACAAGAAAAGUGGAGUGAUCCUGAGCGAGUACGAAAUGAAUAAACAGAUGUGCGGUCCGAUCUACUACUCCUCCGACUUAACAUACGAAGAUUUCAUAACAGACAGACAAAGCUUAUUUGAAAAGGAACAAGUCGCCAAGACUCUGUUCCUCCUCUCUCAACAUGGGAUCUAUGGGAUCAAAUUCAUACAUCUAACUAAUGAGUGGUACAAGCUCUACAAGUGUGAGUUGCGACCCCUUAUGCGUAUUUGCAAAUAUAAUGAAAUUGGAAAGAUGAUCUGUAGCAUGUCUAAUGUGCUGGUUGUGGGAGAGGGGUUCGACACGAAGUACAUUCCCAGCAUGGAGCUCGACGGGGAGCGAAACCGCUUGGACGAAUUUUCAGCCGGCAGCCUCGCCCAUGUGAUCUCCGACAACUUCCAGCAAAACCUCCCCUCCGCUUUCCCAAGACAAUCACAAACCGGAGCAGUCACUCAGACACAGAAGAGUGGGCCCUAUGAAAGCAUCAUGGAGGUCCUCUUUCCAAAUAUAAUAUCACAGAGGAAUACAAACUUUCACAAAAGUCAAAGCGGAACUGUCCCCUUUUUUAGGAACAACAUCGGUGGCUAUGGAAAGGACACGUCUGGCUUCUUCGGCGCGUCCAACAACUGCGCAUCCAAGGGGGACAUAAAUAUAAGUAGCCUAUUCAGAAAUUUGUAA